AUGCAAUCCCCGCCCGAGCUUUAUCAUUUGGUAUCGCUCAGAGAUCCGGAUAUUUCGGGCGCCCGCGAGCUCCACGCUCACGACCAACUCAAAGAUGCAUCCUCAGCGCUGCCUGCCCUCCUUGCGAACACAAGUACCCCACCCGCGUAUUUUCACUCACAGCUUGGUCGCAGCCGGGAUGUUUCUGACGACCACACUGUGACUAAUAAACUUGACACUCGUUUGAUCGCAUCGACACCCACAAAAGUCGCUGUCCAUCCUCACCUUUCCAUCACGGCACAAUCAAAAUGGCAUCUCUUCAUCAUCGUCCCGUGGUUAGUGGCCGCAGCUCUGGCGGUCGGGCACCACUUUUACCUGCGUCACCUUGAAGGCAAAGCAGUGACAUAUCAAAAAUAUCACAAGGACGGUAGUAACGCCAUCGCGACCGCAACGCAAACCCUUCUCAUUAUAUCUACCACCUCUGCGCUCACUCAAGUGAUUUGGUACCAUCUUCAGCACUCUGCCCACACAAUCUCUACCGUCGACUACCUCUUUGGGCUUCCCUCUAUCUUGCCCAUGCUCUCCCUUACCUUUUCAUCUGCCAGGCUGGUCAUUCCCAUCGCACUUGCCGUCGUGACCCACGCUCUCCUAGGCAUCUCCAUCUUCGUUCCCAACUCUCUGACAAUCGCACCAGCAGGCGACACCACCCAAGUGAUCACUGUCCCCUCCUUUUCCUCUGCGGAUAAUUUGUUCCAGACCGCAGUCAGUGUUUAUCAGGACCCGAAAUUGGACUACACCACUCCGACUUACAUUGGACCAACACCCGACUGGGUAUCGGCGGUAAAACGCGCAGUCACGUCACCUAAUGCCAUCUCGACAUGGCAGGUACCAGAGGAGUGCGGGAUUGAGUGCCAUUAUAAUCUCACGUACGAAGCUCCCAUGCUCAGUUGUUCAGACAUUUCGGCAGACAAUAUUUCGUUCUACAAGUCCUCUGAUACAGCCAGCGUAGUACUUUUUACCGCGGUGUCGAGCAUAGGAUGGUGGGACGAGAUCAACGCCGCCACUUCAACCACUGCGUCAUGGGUAUGGACCUCUCAAGACUACUGGAACUCAUCGGACAGAUGGACGACACAACACGGCAUCUCCUUUCAAUACGUCGCAGAUUACAGCAAUCAAACCAAGGGCGGUAGUCACUGCGCUUUUUACGAGGGGGAAUACACGGCGAGUUUUCACUUCGUGAACAAUACUCAGACUGUCGGUGCCACAGUCAAUCGUCGUGGUCAGGCGUUGGGCGAUCCGCAAUGGAGCUUCAUCGACAGAGUCAGCGGCGAGAGGAUCUUGGACGAAUCACUUCCCACCACCUACACAUACUCUAACGCCACGUAUCAUGCCACCAUCGAAGCGUUCGCACAGGUUCUCGUCGGCAUAGCUUCGGGCUACGGCCUCGAUAAAUAUGCCGCCAAUGGAAUAGAUGUCAACUAUUACCAUACCAGUAUCGGCGAUACUCCCUUCUUCUCCGUUACAUACGAGCCGAAAACCGGCGGUGAAGUAUGGACCUUAGACACUCCAGACAUGAGCCAAUCUCUCAUGGACCUAUUCACCAACAUGACCCUGUCCUUCAACUCUCAAUCGACUCGACAGUCGUUAAACCUCGCAAACACCACGCGGGUCCUGGCCAACGUGACAACGAACGGUAGCGUUUGGCAGUACUCCCGCUUCCGCCUGAGGACCGUCUACGGCAUCUUCCUCCUCGUCGUCGCUAUCUGUGACAUUCACGGUCUCAUCUGUCUCUGGUCCAAUGGUAUCCCCGGACACAUGACCUUCUCGCACAUUGCACUCGCGUCAGAGACCCUCCACCUCACCACCUCGGGAAGCGACAUCUCCCCACUCUCGCACGAGCUUACGAAGAAGGCAAAGCGGAUGAGGAUCCGGUAUGUACUGGUGGACGAUGCAGUUCUGGGUAGAAGGAACGGAUUCAAGCUCGUCCAUUCGGACGACGAUGGCGAUGGUGAGAAGUAG